UAGGCGUCAUGCUGUUAACCGGCUGGCUCAUGUUCAAGGCAGUAGUUGCAUGGAACUUUCAGUACCAUUGUCGCAAGAUUCUGGCGGUCAGCCAAACCCAAUUUUCGUAGAUGCGCAUGGAAACGCUUGCAAGGUGAACGUGCAAGCGGUUGAACUCGAAGGUCGUCCGAGGCUGGUGCGAACCCUGAAGAGUGCGGGUGCCACAGUCAUCAGUAAUACAAAAGACGCAGAUAUCAUACUUGUUGACCCUUCGACAGAAUGUGGACGACGUCUUAUUCGAAUGUGGGGAAAGGAUCUCUCAAAAGUCGUUCUUCACCGCGAGUGGGUCAAACUAUCCAUAAGCAAUGGUCACCCAUUACUUCAAGCGGACGGGUGGGGCGGUAUGCGGGCUGUGGAUGAUGGACUACCUGUCAGGAUAGACGGUGUCACUGUGGACGAGGAACCGGUAGAAGACCUGAUUAGCAAAAGUCCAUUGCCUACACCAAGAAUCACACCUGUCGACUCCUCGAUGCCGAGCCCUGAAGUUACAAACUUGCCCCCACGCACCACUGCUGGGGCUUGGCAGUCGUCCACGUCUUGUGCAGCAACAGCCCCACCAUCCGUAACUACAUAUACCAGCCCUUCGGCAUUAGAAGUCCCUCCUUCGAGUCAAGAUCAGUCUCCUUUCUCACUAUACCAAACGCAGACUGGCGCAUCCUUCCCAUUUGUAACCGCUCAGACGCAACCCCAUGUAUCACCGAUACCAAACUCUUACGGCUCUCUCAUCCCACCCCCUUCCGCAUUUCAGCAGGCCAUGACACUUUCUGCACCGUCAUUUUACACCGCGUUCAUGACGAUGUUGGAGGUUGUGGCCCGCAGUGGGGCUACCGCCAACCAGGCUCCUCGCUGGGGCGGAGAUACGCCUGAAUCUCAAAUGUACUCUAACAUCCUCCGACCAACACAUCCUUCUCAGCCAACUCUAAGCACUCCGUCGUUUCCACUUUCCUCUCAGCCAACUUCAGGUGUCCCAUUGUUUCCACCUUCUCACUCCCAGAUCGCAGCCGAGCAUACAGUUACCAAUGGGUCCGAAGUCUUGCCAUCGCAUGAUCACAGUGCAAAUGAUGAUGAGCAUAGCUCCUCCCUAGGUAUGGAUGUGACCAAUAGCCAUCCUCCGUUCGUUCGAGAUGCCCCCCUUCAUUUAUCGCCUCGUCAAUUGUCCACCGAGCCCCCUUCAUCACAUGUGUCUCGCAAGCACGCUGCGACCAUCAAGGCGGCCCUACCUCCCCCAUCGAUAACCAAGAGAAGAAGAAUGGCUGCCGCGCCCUUGAACUCUGAUGAAGCUGAGCCCCACACCGACGCGUCGCCGAAUUUACAGGACACUCCUGUGCAACCAUCCUAUCCCUCCACUCCCCCGGAACCUGCAAGAAUUGUUAUAGAUCGCAGAAAUCCUUGUGAAACUUUCUCAUCUGGAGGGGAAUCCGUGAACUUCUAUGUUCAAGUUGACCUUCAUAGACGCCAUAAUGUAGUUUCAAAUAUUAAGAAACACAAAGGCAGGAUUGUCAACAACAUUCCUGAUGCCGACUACGUCAUCGCCUCCACUCGGGCGAAGUCGUACGAUUGGGUGCUCAAGGAAGCUACUUCCCUCGGGAAGAUUCCUAUACAGAGUGCUUUCGUAACUGACUGUAUAGAUGAAAACGCUAUCCUGGAUGAAACACCUUACGCCCUGGAAGCUGAAACGAGUAUCCGCUAUGUUAGGCGCGGCCGACCUGGAGCCUUUUCCGAAGUCAAAUGGGAGAAGUCAGCCGACAAGUCUAAUAAAAAACCUAGGGCUUCGGUAGUCAAAACAGAAAAGCUGGACAGUCCAUCGAAGAUACUGCUGGAAGAUGAUGAUUUACAACAACGUUCUACGCGUGGGAAGACUCCGCCGCCGCCAGGAACUUGCCAACGUAUGUCCGGGGGGAAAUACUACUUUACAGCGGAGGAGAAUGAGUACUUUUGUCAGUUUGCGCAAUACCAUCUUGGUUGGGAUCCGUCAAUGCCCACCCAUGCACUGAUACAGAGGUUGUGCGAAAAGAUGCCUCACCACACUAGUGCCUCAUGGCAAAACCAUAUUUCCCAAAAACUUAAGACCAAACUGGAACAUAUUCGAAAGAGGGCAAGCAUCGCUAAGCGCAAGGGCACAACAGACGAUGAUCAGCCUCGUUCUUUCGAAGGUACCAGUGGUAAUCGUGUGCCUUCUGACGCCGUGCCGUAUAAGAGACGUAGGAUGAGUUCAAGCCCCUCGAUGAUCACCCAGGAUGAUCCGUUGCCGCCAACGGUGGACUCAGACCAAGAUCCAGAGAAGGAUGACUUUGAUAAUAUAUGCUCCUUCUUUGCUUUGGGUGGAGGAGAUGAUGACGAUGACGAGCGUGUUUGGCAAGCGCUGGCAGGACAACGACCCUGUAAAACAGCCAAAUCCUGGCCUGAAUAUUAUGCAGCGCACAAAGAGGCGGUCUAUGCUCGUAUCGAGGAGCUUAUGGCUGGACUGGCUGCGAGAAGGGACAACUCGUGAUCUUACCCACAGAUCAUAACGCGACACCGUGCAUUUUGCUGUUACAAACGCAACGCGAGUUAUUGUAGAACACGCCUCUCACUAAUUGUUAAUUUUGGGUCGAGUAUAAAUGUACUUUCCAAGUAUAAGUAUAGCUGGUUCACUCAGACGGGGGGUUACGCUGGAGGGAGAUUGGUAGAGAUUUGAAGAACCGUUUCUGUUUUUCCUCCCUAACUUGCUUGCGUUCACCAGCGAGCUGCCCAGCAUAGUCGAAGGUACCCAUAGCAGCGCCGGCCACGGCGCAAGAGCCAAGAGCCAUCGGAAGGGAACGUG